ACCAGUCCCACACACUCAACUAGUUACCAUUUGGGAACAGCAAGAUCAAGCAAAUGGAUCCUGGUGUGAAGCGCGCUCAAUUCUGAGAGGAUUUACCUUUCAGGCUGCUGGAUGGGGGAUAUUGCUGGCUGCCUGCUGGAGGAGAGCUAACUGCAGCGAACUUUCCAAAGGAUUGCAGGGAUAUAGGACACCUCAUGGUGACAGCAUUGCUUAGGGAAGAUAGAGGCGCAAUUGAACUUCCCUCUACUUCUACAAACUCACUGCACACUGGCACAUCAAUUGAUUGAUAUACCAGUUCCGUUUUAUUGCUUGGACUUGUGGGAAUGAAGAACAGCACUUCUACGGUUCAAGGAAGAAUUCAAAGAAAAUGAAAGAUUUUAAGUUCUAAACAUGCAAGGCGCUAAGCUGCUGUUCCUAUUUACCUGCUGCAUCAUCUACAAACUGAAAGUGCAAUGUUGUCCAGAAGUUUGUCUAUGCUAUAAUGAACCGAAAAUCACAUUUAGCUGUCAGCAGCAAAGACUGACUGCAAUCCCACCCUACAUUCCUGUACAGACUCAGCGCAUCUUUCUGCAUAACAACAAAAUAACUUUACUAAGGGCCACUAGCUUCACCCCCUGCCAGAACCUCACUAUAUUAUGGAUUCAUUCAAACAACAUAAGUCAUAUUGAGUCUGGAGCCUUCUAUGGAUUAACCAAAUUGGAAGAACUAGACAUGAGUGACAAUUAUAACCUCAAAACUAUUACAGCACUUACAUUCCGUGGUCUUGUUCAUCUACAUACUUUACAUCUUAAUCGUUGUGGUCUGCAAGAUUUGCCCCCUGGAAUCUUUCAAGGCCUUUACUCUUUGCAGUACCUUUACCUUCAUGACAACAACCUACACUUCUUGCAUGACGAUACCUUUGUAGACCUGGGGAACCUCACUUACUUGUUUCUUCAUGGAAAUAAAUUGAAUAGCUUAUCUGAAAAUGUAUUUAAUGGCUUAAUUAACUUAGAUAGACUACUGGUGCAUCAAAACAGGUUGGAUACCAUCCAUCACAGAACUUUUCAUGAUCUAAAGAAAGUUACAACCCUGUAUUUAUUUAGUAACGCCUUGACAGUGCUUAAAGCAGAAGUAUUAUCACCUCUUGUAUCUCUACAGUACCUACGAUUAAAUGCAAACCAGUGGAUUUGUGAUUGCAGGGCCAAGUCCCUCUGGAGUUGGUUGAAAUCAUUUAAAGGCUCAUCGUCAGAGUUAGAAUGCUACCUGCCACCAGACUUAGUUGGGAAAGACCUAAAAAAACUAGGAAUCAAUGAUCUUGAUGGAUGUGCCAAUAUUUCUUUCCAUUUAAUCAGAACAGAUCCAUUCAGUGCCAAGAUGUCUCUAAAUUUUGAAGAGAUCUCAGAUAGUUGCUGCCAGCCUGCCAUCGAUAAGUCACUAGUAACUGGCACAAACACUAAAUCUGGGCCAUCUUCUCAUAGCAGUAGAAUCUUGCCAAACAUCCCAGUCAAGGAUAAGGAAAAUAUUUCAAAAACAAAAAUUAUUGCUAACACCGACCACAGAAAAAACAGAACAUAUAAGCCAAUCAAUUACUCCCCCAUUGCCACUUUCUCAAGCAAAUUAGAUAAUUCCCUAACCAAGGUGAAUCAAAACAAUGCCUUUGAUUCUGUCGAACCUUCCACAGUCCCAAAUAAAAAGAAGGUUCCCUGUUUGAAAAAAGUGAAGUCAAAAUCUCAAUGUCGAAUAUAUCAACCAGGAACUAACUCUGGGCUCCUGAAUUUCAUCACCACAAAUCUUCUCUAUAUGACUCAGAUCUUCAUGCUACAGAUGCACUUUUAAAGGCUGAAUAUAUUUUUGUUUUAAGGUAGACUUAAAGUCAGACUAUGAAUGAUCUUCAAAAAUUGUUGCAAUUAUAUGGAAAACAUGUGCUUCACAAAAGCAGUUUUACUAAAGGUGAUUGGAUAUUUUUUUAUGGUUGUGUUUUUCAGAGUUAAGAGAGUGCAACAAUUUUAUUUUAUUCCUCAUAGUAUUAAGGGAAGGUUCCUAUAAAGGUUGAGACUCUGCUAAACAUGAAGGUUUAAACUUUCUUUGUAAAUUAAAGUUGUA